AUGUGUCAUAAACAUGAACAUCCUCCGUCGCACGUGCCUCUUAAUUUUACACUAAAUCUAUGGGAGAGGAAGAAAAGAAACCACAAGAAACUAAAAGUGGAGGAGAAAAAGCCUGAAGAACCUAAGAAAGAAGAAGAGAAGAAAGAAGGUGAGAAGGCCACGGAGGAGAAAAAACCGGAGGAAUCUAAGAACCGUUCGUCGUUCACCUCAAAGGAUUUCCAGGUGUUGAAGAUGGUUGUAACUGAUUGCAAUCUCACACGAGGAAGAGAAGAAAGAACAGCCUCAAGUUAUCACAGUGAUUCUGAAGUUCACAUGCAUUGUGAAGCUUGUUCUCAGGAAAUCAAAAGACGCAUCGAGAGAAUCAAAGGAGUGGAAUCAGCAGAACCCGAUCUGAAGAACUCACUGGUGACAGUAAAGGAGUAUUUGAAAGUGAGAAAAAGAAGCUGCAGAGGAGAUGGAAAACAAGGUGGCGGCGGCGGCGGUAAUGGAGGUGGUGGUGGUGGUGGAGAAGAAACAACGGUGGUGGAAGUGAAGAAAAAUGAAUAUUAUUAUAACCCACCAAGGUAUGGUAUGGAGUUUUAUGCCUAUCCUGGACCAGCCUACCCUCCACAGAUUUUCAGUGAUGAGAACCCCAAUGCUUGUUCUAUAAUGUAA